AGAAAAGGAAGAACGAAGGAGAUCACAUAGGAAAGGAUGAGAAAUGGUCGAGGAGAUAGAAACCCUAAGGAAUGAACGAGAGAGGAUAAAAAAAACGAAGAAUGUCUCACCUCGAGGGAGCGAGGAACCGUUGAAGAUUCCCUUACAACAAGAGCCUCGGGGCAGACGAGAAAAAGACUCUGAGAAAAUCAUCGAGCUGAAUGAGAGGAGAGGGAUCGAAUGUGCAAAUGACAAGAAAAAUAUAUCAUGCGGACCUUCUACGAAGAUGAAUACUGACAUUAAUGCAGGAGCAACGCAGAAGGUGAUUCAGGGAGGAAUUUGGAUGCCGAGUAUCAGGUUUGAAGAGAACCGGUAUAAAAAGGAAAAUGAGGGCGAAAAUAUACUCUUCCGAACUUCUACGGAGACGAACAUUGACAUUAGAACGAGGACAGCGGAAGAGCCAGAGCAGGGAGAGUUCUGGGUACCGAGUGUCCGGUUUGAGGAGGAUCUAGAUGCAAAAGAUAAUCUGACGAUUCAAUUUUCAAGCAUUCGGUUCGAGGAUAGUGAGGAAGGUUCCUAUGCGACUUUAGUGUGUGCUACGGAAGCUAAUGGAGAAUUCAGUAAGGAUAGAACCGAUAGUGGUAGCCUCGGCAUCGAUGUCUCGUCGACGGGCGAAAAUCCGAGGGUUAUUGAGGAGACACUGGUAAAUCGAACCACGACAAUGGAGAUGAUAACAAUAGAUGAGGAACGGGAAAACUUUAAAAGUACUGAAGACACCCAAGACGAGUUGAUAGAGGAUCAAGAUGAAAGAGAUCCCCUCGACGAAGUUGUGGGCGCAAAAAUUUCACAAGCAUUUGAAGUCACAAAUAAGCUGGACGAUAACUAUGGACUUGCUCGACCAUUUGAGGUCGUCGAGCCUGAAGACAGCUACGAGUUUGCUCAAUUAUUUGAGACCGUCGAGGCUGAUGUCAUCUAUGGCUUUGCCCAACUGUUUUAGACCGUCGAUACAUCUGGAAAUGAUGUUGGGAAUAGUCCUAAGACAACUAUGAGUCAAAAUCUG